UUCGGAUAUCCUCGUACAAGAUCACAGACGAGACACAGAGGACUAUGGGUAGUAUGGAUCAAAGAUGCGAUGUCAACUUUCCGAACGAACAGAUCAUGUGCUUAGCGAACCAGUUUACUGACAAACAAUGGCGUCAGAGGCAGACUUCAUUUAUGAUGAGGCAAAGUUCGAAGUUACCAAUGAAAUGCUGCAGGCAUUUAAAGAACAAGGAUAUAUUGUGUUGAGAGGAUUAUUUAGCCCAGAAGAACUGAAGAAAAUUAAAGAAGUCUUCGAAGAUUCCGAUUUAGUGCCAAAAUAUGGAUAUGGAAUUCCUGAUUCUUCUGGGAGGAUGCCCAAAAUGGUGUUAUGGAGAGCCCCAGGUACAGAUGUUUCUGGAAUGGUGUGUCGUUGUGAAAAGAUUGUCACCACUUCAGAAAAGCUUCUAGGGGGAGAAGUAUACCACUACAGCACAAAGCUGAUGAUGAAGGAGCCUCUUGUUGGAGGUCGACAGGAAUGGCACCAGGACUAUGGGUAUUGGUAUCAAAAUGGCUUGCUAUAUCCAGAUGCCUUGAGUGUGUUUGUAGCAAUAGACAGAUGCAAUAAGGCAAAUGGAUGUCUACAGGUAUUACCUGGCUCCCACAAGGUUGGUCGUAUUGAGCACAAGUUUGUGGCAGGUCAGACAGGAGCAGACCUAGAAAGGGUGGAGCACCUCAAGAAAAUAUUUCCACUCACCUAUAUGGAGAUGGAGCCAGGAGAUGCCCUGUUCUUCCAUAGUAAUGUUCUGCAUGCCAGUGAUGAAAACAACAGUCCUAACAGGAGAUGGGCAUUGAUCAUGGCAUACAACAGAAAAAGCAACAACCCCAUUGAAAGCUUGGCUGAUCCGUUCCCCAGAUACACACCUCUGGAAAAGGUUCCAAACUCUGCCAUUUUGGAUUGCACAAACGUGAGUGAUUUUUCAGGGAAAGACUUCUUGGACCCCACUGCAGACAAGACGGUGAAAGCUGAUACAUCAAAGAGAAGCCAGCAAGUGACCAAAGCUUAGAUACUAGUCAGUAACCGCAACAAUCACUGAACCAAACAACAGAUGUUUAAUGUACUUUUGUAUUUCAAUAUUACAUGUACCUUGUACGUGCAUCUGGUUUAUUACUUUUCAUUGGUUUAUUUUGGGAAAUAUAUUGUUUAUGUAAAAUCUCCCAUUCAUCCUAUGUACUUAGAUUUUUUUGGUGAUUGGUAAGGAAACAGAUGGGGUACUUACUAGCAGUUUAUUGCACUCCUUAAAGUGUAUGCAUGUAUUCUCCUUCUAUCUUCUAAGCUUUACAUAUAUUUCAUAAAUUAUUGUAACUGUCUUUUUAUUAAAUUGCCAUUUAGCUUUUGUUUAGGAUAUAAUCAGAAAUUGUGAAAUACAUGCAUGUGAGGGAAUUUGAGCAUGUUAAGGUUAAUCGAUCCUCGUGUGAUGUCGUAGGUUUUUGCAAAAUCUUUAUCAAAUUAAACUUUGCGCAUGAUAGAAAUAUAUCUUUCAGAGGAAUUUUAUUCACUGCAUAAAAUAAAAAAUUUGGUAAACUAUUGAUAUUGAAAAAGUGUAUAUUUUCUAGAGAUAAUGAAUUCUUUAUAAUUAAAAAAAAUGUUGUCAAGGGCAAUAACUCUUAUGCUGGUAUUUCUUCGACUGCAUGUCUAUUAUGCAUGAUUUCCCUAAUAUCCACAAUUAAUUUAUACAUAUUUAUGAAUUAACAGUUUUUUUUAACUGUUGACAUUUAAAAUUUGUCAUUUCAACAAGUUUUUAUCUAUUCUAAUUAUUCUGUACAACGAAAAUGUGUGAUUUUCUGAUGUCAACAUAUACUUCCGUUUUUUUUAUGUCUGACAUCUUUAAAAAUGUGGCAACAUACACAUUUUCUUUGGUUAUUGAUUAAAUUUAACUAUAUUGAAUGGAAAUUAAUACAGUUUUUGUACUUUUAACCAUUAUUAUUGAUAAGUCACAUGAGGAUCGAUCGACCUUAAAUGUACAUGUAUCUCUAUUUCAUUUAUUUGUCUAGAUAAAAAAAAAUACAGGGAAAGAUCUUGUUUUUAACAACUUCCUCUUCCAGCACAUUUGAACCAUGCAUAAUAAAUUUCUGAAAAGUAACAAAAUAUUUUUGCAUCAAACUUAAAAGCUUUGUUAACAAAAUCAUUCAUUUUUAUGCCCCCGAGAUCGAAGAUUGGGGGGCAUAUUGUUUUUGUCCUGUCUGUCAUUUUGUAAUUCUGUCUGAAACUUUAACCUUGCUAAUAACUUUUGAACAGUAAGUGAUAGAGCUUUGAUAUUUCACAUGAGUAUUCCUUGUGACAAGACCUUUCCGUGGGUACCAACACUUUUGACCCCGUGACCUUGACCUUGGAGUUUGACCUACUUUUUGAAAACUUUAACUUUGCUACUAACUAUUGAACAGUAAGAGAUAGAGCUUUGAUAAUUCACAUGAGUAUUCCUUGUGACAAGACCUUUCCGUGGGUACCAACUUUUUUGACCCCUUGACCUUGGAGUUUGACCUACUUUUUGAAAACUUUAACCUUGCUAAUACCUUUUGAACAGUAAGUGAUAGAGCUUUGAUAUUUCACAUGAGUGAUCCUUGUGACAAGAUCUUUCCGUAGGUACCAACAUUUUUGACCCCGUGACCUUGACGUUUGACCUACUUUUUGAAAACUUUAACCUUGCAAAUACCUUUUGAAUAGUAAGUGAUAGAGCUUUGAUAUUUCACAUGAGUAUUCCUUGUGACAAGACCUUUCCGUGGGUACCAACAUUUUUUACCCUUUACCUUGGAAUUUGACCUACUUUUUGAAAACUUUAACCUUGCUAAUACCUUUUGAACAGUAAGUGAUAGAGCUUUGAUAUUUCACAUGAGUAUUCCUUGUUACAAGACUUUUCCGUGGGUACCAACAUUUUUGAACCUGUGACCUUGGAAUUUGACCUACUUUUUGAAAACUUCAACCUUGCUAAUAACUUUUGAACAGUAAGAGAUAGAGCUUUGAUAUUUCACAUGAGUAUUCCUUGUUACAAGAUCUUUCCGUUGGUAUUGAACCUUUUGACCUUGACAUUUGACCUACUUUAAAUUUUUUUUUUACAUUGGUCAUAACUUCUAAAUGGUAAAUAUUAGAGCCUUCAUAUUGUACAUGAGCAUUUCUUUUGACAAAAUCUUUCUACUGGUACCAAGAUAUUUGCCCUUGUGACCUUGGCCAUCUUCGGAAUUGGCCAUUAUUGGGGGCAUUUGUGUUUCACAAACACAUCUUGUUAAUUAUUGAUAUGUACAAAUCUUGAAUUUUUUGUUGUUAUAUAUUUGGUGGAUUACCAAUACUACUUAGCUUUACCUUGUUAAACAAUUGUUUUUAUUAUACUUUCAUGUAAAAUACUUGAAUCUGAUUGGUCGAGAAGCAUUUGAAAAAACAUAUUGUUACCCCCUGAGAACAGAAAGCACGCAUUCCAGGGUGAUAGUAUCUAGCAACGGGUAACAGUACUUGACAACGGGUGAUAUUAUAAAAAAUUACCACAUGCGUCAAAUUUAUGCGCUUACUGUUCACCAUAGAUUGUUAGACGUCAUUUGUGCGUUUGUAAUAAACGUGAAUACCCGUAUCGAUAUACGAGAUAUCGAAUAACAGUAUUAGAUCAAAUGUAAACAGACGUAAGUUUUUUUCUGCUUUGCUGUUUCCAUACAUUCAGUAUAAUAAAACAAAUAUUGCUUGUAGUUGAGGGGAACAUUGAAAAUUUUCACCCCUCAAUAAACCAUUGUCAACCAAGGUUGACAAUGGUUUUCUCGUUUGAAAAUUUUCAAUGUUCCCCUCAACUACAUGCAAUAUUUAUAUAAUGUGCAAUACUUUUUAUACAUUCAUAAUUUAUUUCAGUUUAAGCAUGUCUCAUUACUCAAUUUCAGUUAGAAAUAAGAUUGUUUGCAUAUAAAACUUGGUAAAAGUUAUUGCAUAAACUUUUUCAUCAUUCAGCUAUACUUUUUAAAACCAAUUAUUGAUUUUUAAGGACUUUAUGUGGUUUUGGCUUACCUUUUACUUUAAUCAUGAUUUUUAAAAAAUUUGUUCAAUACAUGUUUGUAUACAUUUUUUCUCUUGCAAAAGCACUUCACUAAUAAGAUUUAAUUUUUCUUCAUAUGUAUCUUUGAAAUAUACCUUAUUGAUAGAAAUUUUCAUCUUGUUCACAAAAUUGUCUUUUGUUUUGUCAAUGAAAACUGAUCUAAAAAGGGGUUUUCAGACAAAAUAUUUGCUUCAUUUGUGCAAAACUCAUGAUAAACAGAAUCAUGGUCUUUUCAUUAGCAUUAACAUUGGGGGGGGGGGGGGGGGGGGGGGGGGGGGGGACAUAUUUAACAACUUGGAUUUCAAUUGAAUGUUUAUGGGUUGUUUUUUUUCAAGUUAGGCUUUGACCAGAUCUAGUCCAUUUACAAUUUGAUUGUGAUAGAUAACAAAGCACAAGGGUAUUUUAUUGCUUAUUUGUGUUUGUUUGAUUUCUGUGAUUUCAAUUUAGAAUUAAAUAGAUAUACGUUACUUAUUCUGUAAUGAAAAUACGGUAUGUAUAAACAUUACCUUAUUAUUUAAUUUUCUUUUAAAACAAGCUUUAUUUUGUCAAAGUUUGACGAGACUGACCACCAAAUAAUAUACUUAACAAACUACAGUAAAACACACUUAUAACGAAUUCACACGUAUUGCAAAAUUGCAAAGUGAUAUUUAUUUCCCUAUGAGAAGAAAAUAACAAAACUUUUAUUGGAUGUAAGAAACUGUUUUUGCUGGCCAUAGAGGUUUGCGUUAACUGUAUUUACUGUAUAAAGAAGUUUGGUUAUAACAGGCUGUUUUUUGCUGGCCUUAGAGGUUCGCUUUAUAUGAAAUGUGCCAUAUCUAGUUGAUAGAGUUCAUAUAGAAAUAUCAUUGAUGGGGUAUCAGUAAUUGUGCAUCACAUACAUUUAUUACAUGUACUGGUAGAUGACUGAAAUGUAAUGAGGUGUUUGAUAUGAAUAUAUAUUCCACAUGUCACCAUGUUUGUUUUAGAGAACUUGCCAUUCAAUUUGCAGCCAUAGUUUCUCUAUCUGUGAUGGAUGAAACCAGUCCUGUUCCUCAAUUAAACUAUAAAAUGCU